ACAGAUAGCAACAUGUCAUCGCCAGUGGUAGUGAAGCAGAUUCCUUUAGAGAAGGAGUACGCCAAGAAGACCGGAGUCACUCCUGAGGAUGUGGCCAAGCUGCGGGCCUGGCUGGCCACCCAGCCCCACCUGCCAAGCGAUCUCAUUACAGACCUAGAACUGGUGCUCGUGUACCACUGCUGCCAACGCAGCGCCGAGGUCUCCAAGCAGGUCUUAGACCUGCACUUCACUCUCAAGACCCUCUUCGAGAACCUGUUUAAAGACCUGUUAGUAAACGAGAAAAUGUUCGCCGCUCUUUCUAUCUCCGCGGUGUUGCCGCUGAAAGCACGUGCCCACGACGGCUCGGCAAUCACCUACUGCAGCAUCAUUGAUCAAGACGCCAGGAAGUACGUCUUCAUCGAUGCACUCAGAGUGUCGCUGAUGUUGUUAGAGCUGGCGCAAGAGGAGCAGGGUACGUGGCCCGGGCUGCAGAUCGUCUUCGACAUGAGGACCUUCAGUCUACAGCACCUGGCCAAGAUGGACCUGCAUAGUGUGCAGCAGUUCAUAUAUUAUCUCCAGGUGAGCACUAACACUCUGCAGGACACGUGGCGCGGGCUGCAGAUCAUCUUCGACAUGAGGACCUUCAGUCUACAACACCUGGCCAAGAUGGACCUGCAUAGUGUGCAGCAGUUCAUAUAUUAUCUCCAGGUGAGCACUAGCACUCUGCAGGGCACGUGGCCCGAGCUGCAGAUCAUGUUCGACAUGAGGACCUUCAGCCUGCAGCACCUGGCCAAGAUGGACCUGCAUAGUGUGCAGCAGUUUAUGCAUUAUCUCCAGGUGAGCACUAGCACUCUGCAGGGCACGUGGCCCGGGCUGCAGAUCGUCUUCGACAUGAGGACCUUCAGUCUGCAGCACCUGGCCAAGAUGGACCUGCAUAGUGUGCAGCAGUUCAUAUAUUAUCUCCAGGUGAGCACUAGCACUCUGCAGGGCACGUGGCCCGAGCUGCAGAUCAUCUUCCACAUGAGGACCUUCAGCCUGCAGCACCUGGCCAAGAUGCACCUGCAUAGUGUGCAGCAGUUCAUGUAUUAUCUCCAGGAAGCCAUGUUAGUCCGCGUGACCGGGAUCCACUUCAUGAACACGCCGGCCUUCAUGGACCGUGUCCUGAUGCUCAUUAAGCCCUUCAUGAAGAAGACCCUGCUGGAAGUGCUGUUCAUACAUCAGACUGGUUCCGGGACCCUGGAGAAGUAUAUUCCGGUGGAGGGACUGCCUGAGGAAGCGGGGGGAGAGUUUAUAUCUGUGAUGAAGGCUAGUGCGAACCUACAAGAGCGCCUAAAACUAAACGAAGCCUUCUUCGAGCAGAGGAACAAGAGGCGAGUUGUAGAGGCGCUACGCCCCGGCCGGCCCAAGACCAUCACCGACAUCUUCGGGGGCAUCGAGGGCUCCUUCAAGAAGCUGGACAUCGACUAGUCUUCGGCGUAGUAUCGCA